GACAGCGCUGAAUAAAACGUCCCGCUUUUCCCACGAUGCACUGCUCCAGCAAGAUGGCGGCGCCCAGUGACAAGCAGACGGCUCAGUCCCUGACUGGGUUCCCGUUCAAGAUCCCGGCGGUGAAACAAGAUGGCAAAGCGGAAUCGGCUGCGGUUGGAGGAGAAGGGGGUACGGCAGCGCCUAAGAAGCCCUGUCGGGCCUGUAUGGACUUCAAGAGCUGGAUGAGGCAGCAGAGGAGACAGGGCGCAGCGCCCCAGGAAGCUGAGAUAGAGAAUAAGGAACGCCCGGCAGAAUGUCCUUUGGAUCGGGAAGAGCUGGGAAGGAGCUCCUGGUCCUUUCUGCACACAAUGGCUGCUUACUAUCCAGAUCAGCCCACCAACCAACAGCAGCAGGAAAUGCGGAGCUUCAUAAACCUCUUUUCAAAGUUCUACCCUUGUGAUGAGUGCGCUGAAGACAUGAGAGAGAGGCUGAACAGCACCCAGCCGGACACAAGCAGCAGACACAACUUGUCUCAGUGGAUGUGUAUAUUACACAAUGACGUGAACAGAAAACUUGGCAAAGAGGCGUUUGACUGCUCUAAAGUGGAUGAGCGCUGGCGGGAUGGAUGGAAGGACGGCUCCUGUGAUUGACGUGGGACACAUACACUGAAUUUCCUGUGCUCUUAUGGGAAAGAUAAAUAUUUGCUGCUGGAGGAAAAGUGCUGUCUGAUAAAGCAGAGCUGAAGUGGCUAAUUUACUGCAGAUGAACUACAACUCCCAGAAUGCCAUCAGCAGCGUCAGAAAGGGAUCACCCCUUUUCUAGUCAUCAACUUAAUAUUGAUGUGGCACUGUGAUUAUGCAUAACUUAUGCCAGGGGUCUGAGUAACAAGCAGCAGCUGGUUUGUGUCUGAGCUUGAGUUAUGUUACACUGUGAAGUAGGGAGAAACAACACAAAUGUCUAAAGCAAGAGAGCCAUGCCUGUCAUCAGGGGCAACCCAGUCGGCAACCUGGCCCGCCCCCUCCGUUGGCACGCAUGCGCAGUUCGGGGGGGGGGGGGGGUGCGAUG